AUGAAUCGCAUACGAUUUUCCGUUCUGGAAUCGAAUUUGCUUUUCUCACAGGCCGUUGGGAGCAAAUACGAUCGUUGUGCCCGGGUAUUCGUGAUUUCUUGUUGUUCCAUCGUCAAGUUAACCCAUUUGUUUUCCUUCAUAAUUGUCUUUUAUCACUUAAUUCCUCAUCGACUCUUCAACUUGACUUUCUCCGAUUCGAUCUCCCCGCCCUCCUUCAACGUGAUUAUCUUUUGUCUUAGUCCUUCACUUCUGUCAUUUCCCACUUUCCGUCAGCUAAACCUCCCCUUCCUCCUAUUCUUUCAUUUUUCAACUUCACCUACGCAUUCUCCUUUAUACCUGUCUUCCCCUACAACCUCCUCCUCCUCCUUCUUUAAAUCAAUAACCCCCACUUUCUUCUUCAAAUUUAUUUCUCUUCUCUUUUUCUUUGCAAAAUCAACCACUUCUUCCUCCAUUAAUCUCUUUUCCUCUUUCUUAUUCAACUCGACCACCUCCCCUUCGAUUUCGCUCUUCAGCUUAGCCCCCUCCUAUAUUUUCUUUAAUUCAACUUUUCUUCGCUUACCACUCGCUCUAAUAUUUCUUUGA